GCGAUUUUCCAUGCAAUCGUGCGCUGUGUCGGUCGCCGCUGCUGCCUGCGCUGCUGCUCGGAGUCUCGGCUCGGCUUCUUCUGGUGGUGAUGAGGGAAAGAAAAUGGCGGCGGGAAAAGCGAGUGAAACAGAGGAGGACUUUCCGACACUGACAGCCCAGGAGAGGGACAAUUUGGCCGGGAUCGACAGCUCACUGUUUGGAUUUCAGAAGCUUCAUGAAGAUGGCGCCAGAACGAAGGCCCUGUUGAUGAAGGCUGUUCGCUGCUACGACUCGCUCAUCCUCAAGGCCGAGGGCAAAGUGGAGCCGGAGCUAUUCUGCCAGCUAGGCCACUUCAACCUCCUCUUGGAGGAUUAUCCGAAAGCAUUAUCAGCAUACCAGAGGUACUACAGUUUACAGUCAGACUACUGGAAGAAUGCUGCCUUUCUGUAUGGCCUCGGGAUGGUCUACUUCCACUAUAAUGCCUUUCAGUGGGCGAUUAAAGCAUUCCAGGAGGUGCUGUACAUCGACCCGGGCUUCUCCCGGGCCAAGGAGAUCCACCUGCGCCUGGGUCUCAUGUUCAAGGUCAACACAGACUACGAGUCAAGCCUAAAGCAUUUUCAGCUGGCUUUGAUUGACUCCAACCCCUGCACUUUGUCCAAAGCUGAAAUUCAGUUCCACAUUGCUCAUUUAUAUGAGAUUCAGAAGAGAUACCGGGCUUCCAAGGAGGCUUACGAAAGCCUUCUGCAGACGGAGGAUCUUCCUGCACAGGUGAAGGCCACUACCCUGCAGCAGCUAGGCUGGAUGCAUCACACGGUGGAGCAGCUCGGGGACAGGUCGAGCAGGGACAGUUAUGCCAUCCAGUGUCUGCAGAAAUCUCUGGAGGCCGAUCCCAACUCCGGACAGUCCUGGUACUUCCUUGGCAGGUGCUACUCAAGUAUUGGGAAGGUCCAGGACGCCUUCAUCUCCUAUCGGCAAUCCAUAGACAAAUCCGAGGCCAGUGCAGAUACCUGGUGCUCUAUAGGGGUGUUGUACCAGCAGCAGAACCAGCCCAUGGACGCUCUCCAGGCCUACAUCUGCGCCGUGCAGCUGGACCACAGCCACGCCGCCGCCUGGAUGGACCUGGGCACGCUGUACGAGUCCUGCAACCAGCCGCACGACGCCAUCAAGUGCUACAUCAACGCCACGCGCAGCAAGGGCUGCACCAACACCACCGCGCUAACCCACCGCAUCAAAUGCCUGCAGGCUCAGUUGAGUAACCCCCAGCUCAGUAGCCUACAGGGUAAAAGUAAAAUGCUCCCUCUUAUUGAGGAGGCGUGGAGUCUACCAAUCCCAGCUGAGCUCACCUCCAGGCAGGGAGGCCUGAGCAGUGCACCACAGCAGGCUUGUAAGCCCAACCACAGUGCAGAGGGUGGGGGCUCGGGUCAGUCUCUGCCCCCUCACGUGGGCUCGCUGGGCCAAGCGGAGGACCAGUCCUGCCCAGCCAAGAGGAGGAGAGCCUCCAGUCCCACCAAGGGUGAAUCUUGGGCCAGUAAUCCAGCACAGCCGCCAGUCCCCAACUGGUACCUCUCCCCACAGAAGUUACAGGUGCUGGAACAGUUGCGGAGUAACCGGGCCAACCUGAAGCCACCACAGCUACAGAUGUUGGAGCAGCUGGAGGCUCAGCUCGCCAUAAUGCAGCAGCACCAGAUGAGACAGAAUGCCUCGGGAGGUCAGGUGCGGCCUUCCCUCCCCAACGGACCCACCACCAACUCCCUCCCUUCCCCCAACCCCAGCCUCCACCCGACGCGGCCCGGCCUCGGACCCCACCGACCCUUCUGCCCGCCUCAGCCGCUGGCCAACGGCCUCGUAGGCCCCGGGACACACGGACACUCGGACCCGCUCCCCGCGGGCGAAAACAGUACCAGUAACAGUAGUAGUAAUAAUCAGCCGGGGCCCGCGGCCACAGGACCCAACGGAGACGUGCCUUACCUGCAACCUGCCGGCAGCGGCGACGCAGCUCUGCUACCUCACACCUGCACAAGCACGCAAACACAGGACGCCACGCCGCGCCAGGCCCUGCACCUAAACUCCUCUCAGGGGCCUCAGAAGGGGUCUGUUCCACAUGCGACAGGCUCCAGCAUUGAGGGGACCCCCUCUCACCCUCAAACCCCCAACUCCUCUGCCCCCGUGCACCCCAACAAUCAGGUUGGACAUUCCACUAAUGCCCCGUCGCCGCGGCAGCAGCCUCAUAACCACCUCCCGUCCCCUCCCUCCCUCCCCCACUCCUCUACCUCAGGUGGAGCAGGACCCGGUGCGUCCGCUACCAAAGAUGGCAACACGGCAGCCGCGCCCCUCGGCAAUGGUGCCCCCGAGGGUAAAACGCCGCCGCUGCCGCCACUGCCGUCAGCCGACGGCAAACCGGCGCAGGCGGACGGCCUAGCCAAUCACGUCCACUCGGGGGAGGGCGGCAAGGCGGAAGAAGGCGGCGAGAAGCCGACCCUCAGCGCAGACAAUCCUAGGCUAUCUGCCCUGCUGGCAGGGGGGAAGGGCCCUGAGGAGAGCGAGGGGCCGUCACAAGGGACUUCGUCCGCCGCGCCCGACUCCCACAAGAAAGUCAACAACAUCCACCCGGCCGUCCUCCCCCCGACCCCCCACGCACAGGGCAGCUCGGCUGCGUCCUCGCCCAUCUCCGCCAUAUCCACCGCCACGCCCUCGCCCAAAUCCUCAGAACACACCCAAACAGGCGCCCACAGCCCCGCCGCGUCUGCCGCGCCCCCCGCCGUCAACGGCAACGGCAAGGGAGGCAUCUCCGAGGACUCCCAAAGCCCGCUGAAGGCCGAGCCGCCCGCCGUCACCAGUCUCAAAGCUACGCCCCCGCACGGACACAGCUCCUCGUCCUCGGCCUCGUCGUCGAUAUCCAUCUACCCCAGCUCCACGGACGUGCUGAAGGCCUGCAGAAACUUGGGGAAGAACGGCCUGUCCAACAGCAGCAUCCUCCUCGAUAAGUGCCCCCCGCCCCGGCUGCCCCCUCCGCCCUCGCCAGCCCUGCCCAAAGACAAGCUGAACCCUCCCACACCCAGCAUUUAUCUGGAGAACAAGAGGGACGCGUUCUUCCCCCCUCUGCACCAGUUCUGCACAAACCCUUCCAACCCCGUCACCGUCAUCAGGGGCCUGGCUGGAGCGCUCAAACUGGACCUGGGCCUCUUCUCCACGAAGACACUGGUGGAGGCCAACCCGGAGCACCUGGUGGAGGUCUGGACCCAGCUCUCUCAGCCCGCCGACGAGAACUGGGACCCGACGGGCACCAAGAAGAUGUGGCGCUGCGAGAGCGCCCGCGCCCACACCACCAUCGCCAAAUACGCCCAGUACCAGGCUGCUUCCUUCCAGGAAUCCCUGCGGGAGGAGAAUGAAAAGAAGGCAUUAAAGGAGCCCUCGGACGUGGAGCCAGCGUCAGCGGAGAGUGCUGCUCGCAAAAGAAGAGGACCCUUAAAACACAUCAAGUUCGGAACCAACAUCGACGUGUCGGACGAGAGGAAGUGGAAGCAGCAGCUCCAGGAGCUCAGCAAACUGCCGGCGUUCGCUCGGGUCGUCUCCGCCGGCAACCUGCUGAGCCACGUCGGCCACACCAUCCUGGGCAUGAACACGGUCCAGCUGUACAUGAAGGUGCCCGGGAGCAGGAUACCGGGGCACCAGGAGCACAACAACUUCUGCGCCGUCAACAUCAACAUCGGACCGGGAGACUGUGAAUGGUUUGCGGUGCCGGAGCCCUACUGGGGAGUGAUGAGCAACUUCUGUGAAAAGAAUAACAUCAACUUCCUGAUGGGCUCCUGGUGGCCCAACCUGGAGGACCUGUACGAGGCCGACGUGCCCGUGUAUCGGUUCAUCCAGCGUCCGGGCGACUUGGUGUGGCUCAACACGGGCACCGUCCACUGGGUGCAGGCCAUCGGCUGGUGCAACAACAUCGCCUGGAACGUAGGACCUCUCACCGCCCACCAGUACAAGCUGGCGGUGGAGCGCUACGAGUGGAACAAGCUCCAGAGCGUCAAGUCCAUGGUUCCCAUGGUGCACCUCUCCUGGAACAUGGCGCGCAACAUUAAAGUGUCCGACCACAAGCUGUUUGAGAUGAUCAAGUACUGCUUGCUGCGGACGUUGAAGCAGUGCCAGUGGGUGAAGGAAGCCCUGGCGUCGGCCGGCAAGGAAACGGUGCUGAGGCCGAGGACGAGGGACGAGCCGGCCCACUACUGCACCAUCUGUGAGGUGGAGGUGUUCAACCUGCUGUUCGUGCGCCGCGAGCUCCUGUCCAAGAAGCAGCACGUGGUCCACUGCCAGGACUGCGCCAGGAAAGGCAGCGCCACGCUGGACGACUUCGUGGUGCUGGAGCAGCACAGGAUGGAGGACCUGAUGCAGGUCUACGACCAGUUCACAUUAGUAAGUCUCCACCGAGGGAGAGAAGAGGAGCACCCGAGGGCGCGCGCCGUUAUUGAGACGAAAUUUGAGCUGGCGUGAUAGAUGAGUUUUUGCUUAAAUUAAAUGUUUUAAUGGCGUAAAUUGUUCGAAUAUGCAGCUAUUGAUACCAACGAGUCAGAGAUAUCUUGUGUAAUGCUACACCAAGUAUGUCUGGUGGCGAAAGGUGUGUUCUUCUUCACAUAAUACCUGAACAGAAGGUUUGACUUAAACCAGACAUUCAUUAGACGCCUUUUAAAUUUCAAUAAACUACAGCAGUACAUACAUAAAAAAUAAAAGCUCGCCUCGAGCCGAUCAAUUCAAGUUCCUUGCUGAUCCUCUUGUUCCAUCUCUUCCCCUCAGGCCCCUCCUCUUCAUUCAUCUUCAUCUUGACAUUAGGUGACCCCCCCCCCUCCGCUCUCUCUCCUUCUUCUUCUUCUUCUACUUCUUCUUCUUCUUCUGCUGUGGAGCCAUGAAGCCCAUUCACAGGAACUUGUAUUAAAAAACAAACACACAUCUACAUACACGGACCAUUUCUGAUAUUCAGGAAAGCCAAGGCCGUCUCCCACGCCGUCACCACCACCGUCGCCGCCACCACCACCGCCGCCGCCCCUCCCCUCUCCCGUAUGGCUGGUCUCCAUAGCGACGGCUGGAGGCUGAGGCGGCCGAGUGUGUCUGUCUAUGCAACCUGUUUGACGCGCCGGGGCCCUUCCAGAAGGGGGCGCCAACCUAGCUCGGUAACAGGAACUCUUCGUUUUCUCUCUCUUUCCCUCCUCCCCCUCCCAGCCCCCUCUACAGACAAUGGUUCAGCCCUGUUUUAAUGGAGGACUCAAUCAAAUAGGGUUGGGGACGAGGGCGAGGAGUGGGAUUCUUAAUGAUGAAAAUGUUUUGUAGAUACUUGUUAACUGUCACAACUGGCAACACCACCCGUAAAAGACUACUGACUUGACAACCCUUUCCCCCCUUUCUCUUUCUCUCUGUCUAUUUCUCACUUUUUAUUCUGGUAACAGGAUGAAGUGUUGGCUUUCGUUUAUAGAUUUCUUUGUUUUUUUUUUCCUUCUAAGGAGCACUAGCCUUUUUUUUUAUGGUAGAUAGUAAUUUUAAGACUCUUUGGACAGCAAAAUCUCCCAAAAAAAAUUUGUAAUGUGAAGAGUUUAGGUGAUUUCCUUCUUUUUCUUUCUUUCUUUCUUUCUUUCUUUCUUUCUUCUCAUUUUCUUUUUUUUUUUUUUUUUACAGCUUUUACGUUUUUGUCUUGUUCUUUUUGAAACUUUUUUGUUUCUUAGGUAAAAAUAAAAAAUAUCUAAAAAAUAGUAAAAAAAAGAAAAAAAAAACAACUUACUAGCCAAGUCACAAAGAAAAUGGGUUGCACAUAGACUUAUGAAAUUAAGUUUAAUUUGUGAUUUUUUUUUCGUUUCGUUUCUAAUCUUGAUGUAAAUUUACACUAUUUAUAAAUACAUAUUUAUUGCUUGAAAAUAUUUGUUGAUGGAAUGCUGUUAUUUUUUCCAGAGUACCUGCCAUUAAAUUUGAAGGAGUUCUGUCAUUUUAACACGACUCCUCUUACAUUUUCUAUAUAUAAAUAAAAUUGCUUAGCAAGCAUUGUACAGAAACGGACAUUUAAAAUUGUUUUAUUGUUUGAAGAAUGUUUUAUGAUGAGUCAAUAAACACAAAGUUGUCAAAUUAA